AUGGCUCAUGGACUACAGAUAAGAGAUGAGGAAAGCGGCUACAAUGAAAAUCUGUUUUGCAUUCCUAAGCAUUAUGAAGAAGAUUUAGAAAAAGUCUUCAUUCCUCAUGGACUCAUUCUGGACAGGACAGAGCGUUUGGCUAGAGAUAUCAUGCAAGACAUGGGAAGUCAUCACAUUGUUGCACUCUGUGUCCUUAAAGGAGGCUAUAAAUUCUUUGCUGAUUUGCUGGACUACAUAAAAGCACUAAAUCAAAAUGUUGAUAAAUCUGUGCCUGUUACCGUGGAUUUUGUCAGAGUAAGCAGAAAUGAUUCACCUGCAGAAAAUAUUAGUUUUGAUGGAGAAGAACUGUCUGCACUAAAUGGGAAGAAUGUGUUAGUAGUAGAGGACAUUAUUGAGACUGGUGGAACAAUGAAAGCACUGCUUUCAAAAAUAAAAGACAAGGAACCAAGGAUGGUAAAAGUUGUCAGCCUGCUCGUUAAAAGGACACGUCAGAGUCCAGGUUACAGACCAGACUAUACAGGCUUUGAAAUUCCAGAUAAAUUUGUGGUUGGAUCUGCUCUUGACUAUAAUGAAUAUUUCAGAGAUCUAAAUCACAUCUGUGCUCUGAAAGAGAAUGCCAAAGGGAAAUACAGGAUGUGA